CACACUGUAUACAGUAUAUAUUGCUUGGCAGCAAGUCACAUUAUAUAUCAGCGAGUAAGACUGAAUGGGAUGCAUUAUCGUGUUUCUAUAAAGGAUUCAUUAGAGAGUUGACUAAGAUCACGAUUGCAUUAGUGUUUGUUUUUCAGCUGACAUAGACAUAAUUUCCUGAUAAUUCUAACCAUGGCAGACGGAGGACAUGAGGGAAAUAGACCCCCUAGACAAAACCUACAAGGUUUGCUUCAAAUGGCCAUCGAAGCAGGCUCAGCAGAGUCAGAUAGUACAAAUCAAAUGGAGCAAAUGUCUGAAGAGAGGAAACAGUGGCUGCAAGAAGCUAUGAGCAGCGCUUUUGCAGGCCAAGCAGAUGAGGUGAAGCAGAUGAAAGAAUGUCUUCAGGAGCUGAGCGCAGACACUAGCAGCUCAGAGGGGGAAGAGCGAAAAGUAAGAGCGCUGGAAUUGCUAGCAGAUUUGUGUGAGAACCUUGAUAAUGCUGCUGAUUUCUGCAAACUUGAUGGGAUGAAUCUUCUACUGAGUCGUUAUUUAGAAUGCCAGGAGUCUGAACUGCGAUGGAGAACUGCUGACCUGAUUGGCAUUUGCAGUCAGAAUGUACCAUUUGUUCAGGAGACUGUGCUUAGUUUCGGAGCCAUGAAAAAACUGUUACACUUGCUGGACCAUGACAGCAGUGAAGAGGUCAGAGUUAAAGCCCUUUUUGCUGUUUCAUGUUUGGUGAGGGAGCAGGAAGCCGGACUGUUGGAAUUUAUUAAGCAGGAUGGUUUCUCUGUUUUAAUGCGGGCUAUGCAAAGUGAUGUUACGAAACUGAAAAUUAAGUCUGCAUUCUUGUUGCAGAACCUGCUGCACAGCCACCCAGAACAUAAAGGCACCCUUUGCUCUAUGGGUAUGGUACAGCAGCUGGUUUCUUUGCUCCGCACCAAACAUAGUCCCUUUCAUGAGUACGUCUUAGGUGCCCUAUGCAGUUUGGUCUCAGACUUUCCACAAGGUGUGAAUGAGUGCCGAAUUCCUGAACUGGCUUUUGAAGAGUUUCUUAAAGAGCGAUGUCAACUUAUACAUAAACAGGAGGAAUUCCAGGAAGAACUAGAGUAUUGUGAGAGGCUUCUUGCUCUUUGCUUCAGAAACUUUCCAGAGGAUAACAACAUGGACCGAUGAUAGCAUGAAAAUAUAUAUCAUUUUUGUGACUUUUUCUUCGCAGAAUUGUACAUCUGUGUUUCAGAGAAUUUGAGACUUUUUUUAAAAAAAAAUAUUUAUCUGUAUAAUAAAAUAAAAAUUAAAUCCAA